CUGUCCCAGCCCGCCGUUUAUUGGAUGGAUGGUGCCGGCCGCGCUCGACCCGUCGCCAUCUUUACCGAAGGUCCUAUAGAGUUUGGAUUUAUAAGAUCUUUGAUCUUCACUACGGGACCGGAGCGAAAAUGGUGGCGUACUGGAGACAGGCUGGGCUGAGUUACAUUCGUUAUUCACGGAUUUGUGCAGUGGCUCUGCGGGCUGCACUGAAACCACAGUUCCAAGCAGAGGCCAAGAAAGUAGGAGAUGUAACUGUAAAACUCAACAAACCAAAAGAGUAAUGUGAUUUGAGGAACCUCCAUAGCCCGAACAUUUGAAGAUGAGAAGAACUUGUUCAACCUAUCAUCCCAAUAGUUGGAACUUUUAACCCAUUCGAAGACUGCAAAACUGACCAAAUGUUGAUUCAAAAUACAGAGAUUAUUUAAAUAUA